AUGUCUAUUCAGUCAUGCAAGUCAGCUAUGACAGUUUACCCCUGUUAUGUUCACAUUCAGCGACAAAUGGUCAUGAUUUGUGUGUGUAUGUGUGUGUGCCUGUCUGUCUUUCUGCCUGUCUGCCUGACUGUCUGCUUGCUUGUGUGUCUGCGUAUGUGUCAGACCACUGUGGUGAGUGUGCGACAGAGGCCAGACUUCCCAGUGUCGGGCCAGUGGGAGGUGGAGACAGAGAGGACAGAAGGUCAGAGGGAGACUCAGGUCUUUGAUGCUGUGGUGGUCUGCACCGGUCACUAUACACAACCACACCUGCCUCUCAAUGACUUCCCAGGUAACUGUCAAAUCCAGAACAAAGUAUUAUUAGCUUAACAUUCAAUCCUUCUUCUUUGUUAAUUAUUACAAUCAAUCCAUGAUCCCAUUUCUUAUUUUCUCAGGUAUAGAGGAGUUUGAGGGCAGGUACUUACACAGUUGGGAAUACCGCAGUGCCGAGGGGCUGCAGGGGAAGAGGGUGGUGGUGGUCAGGAUCGGGAAUUCUGGAGGUGACAUCGCUGUGGAUGCCAGCAGAGUAGCAGAGCAGGUGAAUGGGAAAUCAUCUGAUUCUUCUUGAAGUAUUUCUCUCAGAUAUUAUGGAGGGAAGUAUGCAAAACUCCUAGCUAGCAUGAACAUGAAGAGACUAGGCAAUCUCUGACAAAGAUCACUAACCCCUCCUCUCCUGGUCUACAGGUGUACCUCAGCACGCGGAGGGGGGCGUGGGUGGUCAGCAGGGUGGGGGCAGGGGGCCUGCCAGGUGACCUGAUGGGCACUUCACGAUUGGACGGGCUGCUGCAGAAGCUCUUCCCCUCCUGGAUUACCAGGAUGAUAGAGAAGAAUCUGAACCAGAGCUUCGACCACAGACUGUACGGCCUACAGCCAAAACACGGGUAUGCUACACUGAACAAAAAUAUCAACACAACAUGCAUCAAUUUCAAAGAUCCAGAGCAUCCCAAACAUGCUCAAUGGGUGACAUGUCUGGUGAGUUUGCAGGCCAUGGAAGAACUGGGCCAUUUUCAGCUUCCAGGAAUUGUGUACAGAUCCUUGCGACACGGGGCCGUGUAUUAUCAUGAUGAGGUGAUGGCGGUGGAUGAAUGGCAAGACAAUGGACCUCAGGAUCUCGUCACGGUAUCUCUGCAUUCAAAUUGCCAUCGAUUAAAUGCAAUUGUGUUCGUUGUCUGUAGCUUAUGCCUGCCCAUACCAUAACCCCACCGCUACCAUGGGGCACUCUGUUCACAAUGUUGACAUCAGCAAACCGCUCGCCCACACAGUACAGUUGAAACCGGGAUUCAUCUGUGAAGAGUACAGUUCUCUAGCGUACCAUCGGCCAUCGAAGGUGACAUUUGCCCACUGAAGUCGGUUAUGACGCCAAACUGCAGUCAGGUCAAGACCCUGGUGAGGAUGACGAGCACACAGAGUUUUUCUCAUGGAAUGUAGGCCUACAUUGAACACCACACAUUGGCUGCUACUGUAGGCUGAAUGAUAAAACCGCUAUUUCCAUGUUAAAAUGUUAUGUGAUGCAUUUUCUCCAUUGUUGUUUAUGGCAGGCCACUCUGGUAGGCCUACAUUAUGAUCAAAUAGCCACAGUAGCCUGAUUGGCCACUAAGGCUGUACCCACUUUAAUUUUGUUCACAGUAAACGCGCGCCGGAAAUUGCACAGAAAUUUCACAAGGUUCAAGCAGACCUGAAAUUUGCUCAGUGCCAAAAAAUAUUAGAGGGAACAUUACCCCCAAGCUAUAAGACAGGGAUCAUCAACUAGAUUUAUUUUCUUGAGCGGAUGGUUGGGGGGCCAGAACAUAAUUAAACAAUAAGGCCCAAGGGGGUGUGGUAAAUCAAAUCAAAUCAAAUUUUAUUGGUCACAUACACAUAUUUAGCAGAUGUUAUUGCGGGUGUAGCGAAAUGCUUGUGUUCCUAGCUCCAACCAUGCAUUAGUAUAUAACAAUUCACAACAAUACACACAAAUCUAAAAGUAAAAGAAUGGAAUUAGGAAAGAUAUAAAUAUUAAGAUGAGCAAUGUCGGAAUGGCAUUGAGUAAAAUACAGUAUAUACAUAUGAAAUGAGUAAAGCAGUAUGUAAACAUUAUUAAAGUGAUUAGUGUUCCAUGUCUAUGUACAGUGGCUUGCGAAAGUAUUCACCCCCCUUGGCAUUUUUCCUAUUUUGUUGCCUUACAACCUGUAAUUAAAAUUGAUUUUGGGGGGUUCGUAUCAUUUGAUUUACACAACAUGCCUACCACUUUGAAGAUGCAAAAUAUUUGUUAUUGUGAAACAAACAAGAAAUAAGACAAAAAAACAGAGAACUUGAGCGUGCAUAACUAUUCACCCCCCCCAAAGUCAAUACUUUGUAGAGCCACCUUUUGCAGCAAUUACAGCUGCAAGUCUCUUAGGGUAUGUCUCUAUAAGCUUGGCACAUCUAGCCACUGGGAUUUUUGCCCAUUCUUCAAGGCAAAACUGGUCCAGCUCCUUCAAGUUGGAUGGGUUCCGCUGGUGUACAGCAAUCUUUAAGUCAUACCACAGAUUCUCAAUUUGAUUGAGGUCUGGGCUUUGACUAGGCCAUUCCAUGACAUUUAAAUGUUUCCCCUUAAACCACUCGAGUGUUGCUUUAGCAGUAUGCUUAGGGUCAUUGUCCAGCUGGAAGGUGAACCUCCGUCCCAGUCUCAAAUCUCUGGAAGACUGAAACAGGUUUCCCUCAAGAAUUUCCCUGUAUUUAGCACCAUCCAUCAUUCCUUCAAUUCUGACCAGUUUCCCAGUCCCUGCCGAUGAAAAACAUCCCCACAGCAUGAUGCUGCCACCACCAUGCUUCACUGUGAGGAUGGUGUUCUCGGGGUGAUGAGAGGUGUUGGGUUUGCGCCAGACAUAGCGUUUUCCUUGAUGGCCAAAAAGCUCAAUUUUUGUCUCAUCUGACCAGAGUACCUUCUUCGAUAUGUUAGGGGAGUCUCCCACAUGCCUUUUAGCGAACACCAAACGUGUUUGCUUAUUUUUUUCUUUAAGCAAUGGAUUUUUUCUGGCCACUCUUCCGUAAUGCCCAGCUCUGUGGAGUGUACAGCUUAAAGUGGUCCUAUGGACAGAUACUCCAAUCACCGCUGUGGAGCUUUGCAGCUCCUUCAGGGUUAUCUUUGGUCUCUUUGUUGCCUCUCUUAUUAAUGCCCUCCUUGCCUGGUCCGUGAGUUUUGGUGGGCGGCCCUCUCUUGGCAUGUUUGUGGUGGUGCCAUAUUCUUUCAAUUUUUUAAUAAUGGAUUUAAUGGUGAUCCGUGGGAUGUUCAAAGUUUCUGAUAUUUUUUUAUAACCCAACCCUGAUCUGUACUUCUCCACAACUUUGUCCAUGACCUGUUUGGAGAGCUCCUUGGUCUUCAUGGUGCCGCUUGCUUGGUGGUGCCCCUUGCUUAGUGGUGUUUCAGACUCUGGGGCCUUUCAGGACAGGUGUAUAUAUACUGAGAUCAUGUGACAGAUCAUGUGACACUUAGAUUGCACACAGGUGGACUUUAUUUAACUAAUUAUGUGACUUCUGAAGGUAAUUGGUUGCACCAGAUCUUAUUUAGAGGCUUCAUAGCAAAGGGGGAAUACAUAUGCAUGCACCACUUUUCCGUUAUUUAUUUUUUAGAAUUUUUUGAAACAAGUAAUUUUUUUCAUUUUACUUGACUAUUUUGUGUAUGUCCAUUACAUGAAAUCCAAAUAGAAAUCCAUUUAAAUUACAGGUUGUAAUGCAACAAAAUAUGAAAAACGCCAAGGGGGAUGAAUACUUUUGCAAGGCACUGUACAUAGGGCAGCAGCCUCUAAGGUGCAGGUUUGAGUAACCCGGUGGUAGCCAGCUAGUGAUGGCUAUAUAACAGUCUGAUGGCCUUGAGAUAGAAGCUGUUUUUCAGUCUCUCGGUCCCAGCUUUGAUGCACCUGUGCUGACCUCACCUUCUGGAUGAUAGCGGGGUGAACAGGCCGUGGCUCGGGUGGUUGAUGUCCUUGAUGAUCCUUUUGGCCUUCCUGUGACAUCGGGUGCUGUAAGUGUCCUGGAGGGCAGGCAGUGUGCCCCCGGGGAUGCGUUGGGCAGACCGCACCACCCUCUGGAGAGCCCUGUGGAUGCUUUCAAUUGUGCAUCUGUAAAGGUUUGUGAGGGACUUAGGGGCCAAGAUGAAUUUCUUCAGCCUCCUGAGGUUGAAGAGGCGCUGUUGCGCUUUCUUCCCCACACUGUCUGUGUGGGUGGAACAUUUCAGAUUGUUAGUGUACUCCGAGGAACUUAAAGUUUUUUACCUUCUCCACUGCGGUCCCAUCAAUGUGGAUAGGGGCAUGCUCCCACUGCAGUCUCCUGAAAUCCAGGUCCUUCGUUUUGUUGACGUUGAGGGAGAGGUUAUUUUCCUGGCACCACUCCGCCAGGGUAGGCUGUCUCGUCAUUGUUGGGAAUCAGGCCUACUACUGUUGUGUCGUCUGCAAACCUGAUAAUUGAGUUGGAGGUGAGCGUGGCCACACAGUCAUGAGUGAAUAGGGAGUACAGGAGGGGGCUGAGCACGCACCCUUGUGGGGCCCCUGUGUUGAGGAUCAGCAUAGUGGAGGUGUUGUUUCCUACCUUCACCACCUGGGGGCGGCCCGUCAGGAAGUCCAGGACCCAGUUGCACAGGGCGGGGUUCAGACCCAGGGCCUCGCGCUUUGUCAUGACUGUCCUGUUCUGGUUGCAAAUGGCCAGAUCAGGUUUACAAUGGAUAAACUUCUACCAGGCCCCUCUCACCCGCAGAGGGGAGGAGGGAUUGGUGUGGGGGUUAAUGACACUUCACACCCUGUCGUAAAUUUUAUGCAGGAGAAGAUUCUUUCCUGACCUCCAGUAUUGGCUAAAGGAAUGCCUUUUGUCUCCAGAGACUUUUCACGCCUAAAACUCUAACGUCCAAAAGGGGAAUACCGGAACAAUAUUCAGAACAGAAGGACGUGGGGAAUGGUCAGUGGGGAUCUAAAGAAUGAUCAUGUCAUAUGGGUUGUUAUUUUGUGAUGUCAUUUAAACUAGUAACAGGAAAAUACUGUAACUUGAAAAGUAUACCCACUAUAUAUGUAAAGUUUAAUCUUUUAUGUUGUAUAUGAAAUCUGAAGAAUGAUGAGAGUAAUUUUGUUAAGCUAGGAAUGUGAUUUUAGUUUUCUAACGAGAUCAUAGAUUUGAGAAUGCUUUGCACAAGUAAUUAGCCACACCCGAGGGAGCCAAGAGAGUGUGGUCACAUGGCAGAAUGCCCCCUUUUAACUAGAGUGUAUGAAAAGAUGAGUUAAGAAUUAACGUAUCAGACCAGAAGGACUCAAGCUGCAGCUUAGGUCUUCAUUGGUUACAACCCUGAAAAUCAACACGAGGUGACGACGACAAAGUCGCCUCUCUAACUAUCAAUGUUACAGCUGAGUAGCUGUCCUAAUUACUGUAUCUAAGAAAGUGAAUUGAAGUAGGAACAUCCUGUUACUCUUUUCAAACCAUCGUCUACUACACUGCUCUCAUCACCCCACUGGAGAUCAUCGACAUGGCUGAUUAGCUGUCUUCGGAGGACCACUCUUUCAGAAUGAGUGAAAGGAAAACACCACCCUGUUGGUCUGCCCAGACUACAUGACCAGUCAUUGAAGCCACAGACGACAAAGAAGAAAGACAUUGUGACCUCUUGUGGAUAAUCAGAGCCCUACACUCAAAGUUUGGAGGAAGAAGGCCAACUGAAACCUUUCCGAGAGGACUUGGGUCCAACAGAGAAACGACGAAGGAAGAUAUUCAAACACGUAAAUACAUUCAUGAUUUCUUACCUCAAACGGGCGGCGGUUAGUGUGCAAAGUAUUAUAAUUCAUGUGAGUGUAGUUUCCAAAUCUAUAAGUGUUGUGUCUCUCUUUCUUUCUCGCUCUCUACGCCUCCCUCUUCUGGUAAACAAGCAGUCAUGUUGUUAGUCCGCUAGGGACCUGUUUCCAUCGUAUUAGGUUUCUAAUCAAUAACCUAUACCGUGUGUGUGUGUGUGUGUGUGUGUGUGUGUAUCCUGUGUAUCAUUUAGUUAGUUAGUAAAUAAAUAAUUAAAUCAAUUUGUGUGGUACGGAAUGAUCAGUAAAGCUGGGGUUUGUAUCCUGUGUUAUCAUUUAGUUAGUUAGUAAAUAAAUAAUUAAAUCAAUUUGUGUGGUACGGAAUGAUCAGUAAAGCUGGGGUUUGUGCAGAUGCAAGGAGUAUGCGAUGUUCAGUAUGAUAUGAUAUGAGGUAAUGAUUAAUAAGUGGCUGUUAUUGACGUAAUAGAUAUCUAUAUAUCUUCUAGAGUUUAAUUCGGGAGAUGGUAACUCGUUAAACAACUUAUUCCGUGGUGCCCCAAAUCAUAAUGAGUUAAUUGUUAUAUGAUUAAUUAAACAUAGUUAGUUAAUUAGAUAAAUAACCGUCAUCAGAUUAAUGUUAAGUCACGACAGCUUGAUGAUGAAAUUGGAGGGUACUAUGGUGUUGAAGGCUGAGCUAUAAUCAAUGAACAGCAUUCUUACAUAGGUAUUCCUCUUGUCCAGAUGGGAUAGGGCAGUGUGCAGUGCGAUGGCGAUUGCAUCGUCUGUGGAUCUAUUGGGGCGGUAUGCAAAUUGAAGUGGGUCUAGAGUGUCAGGUAAGGUGGAGGUGAUAUGAACCUUAACUAGCCUCUCAAAGCACUUCAUGAUGUCAGGUAAGUGCUACGGGGCGAUAGUCAUUUAGUUCAGUUACCUUUGCUUUCUUGGGUACGGGAACAAUGGUGGACAUCUUGAAGCAAGUGGGGACAGCAGACUGGGAUAGGGAGAGAUUGAAUAUGUCCGUAAACACUCCAGCCAGCUGGUCUACGCAUGCUCUGAGGACGCGCUAGGGAUGCCGUCUGGGCCGGCAGCCUUGCGAGGGUUAACAGGCUUAAAUGUCUCACUCAUGUCAGCCACGGAGAACAAGAGCCCACAGUCCUUGGGAUCGGGCCACGUCGGUGGCACUGUUUUAUCCUCAAAGCAGGUGAAGAAUGUGUUUAGCUUGUCUGGGAGCAAGACAUCGGUAUCCACAAUGUGGCUGGUUUUCCCUUUGUAAUCUGUGAUUGUCUGUAGACCCUGCCACAUGCGUCUCGUUCUAAGCCGUUAAAUUGCGGCUCCACUUUGUCUCUGUACUGACGUUUUGCCUGUUUGAUUGCCUUACGGAGGGAAUAACUACACUUUGUAUUCGACCAUAUUCCCAGUCACCUUGCCGUGGUUAAAUGCGGUGGUUCGCGCUUUCAGUUUCGUGCGAAUGCUGUCAUCUAUCCACGGUUUUUGGUUUGGGUAGGUUUUAAUAAUCACAGUCGGAACAACAUCCCUUAUACACUUCCUGCUAAUCUCAGUCACUGUGUCCGUGUAUACGUCAAUGUUAUUCUCAGAGGCAACCCAGAACAUAUCCCAGUCCGCGUGAUCAAAACAAUCUUGAAGCAUGGAUUCCAAUUGGUCAGGCCAGCGUUGAGUAGACCUUAGCACUGGUACUUCCUGAUUGAGUUCCUGCCUAUAGGAAGGGAGGAGCAGGAUUGAGUUGUGAUCUGAUUUGCCGAAGGGAGGGUGGGGUAGGGCCUUGUAGCCAUCCCGGAAGGGGGAGGAACAAUGGUUGAGUUUUUGAUGUGCGAGUACUACAGGCAAUGUGUUAAUAGAACUUCGGUAACGUUUUCAUCAAAAGUGCUUUGUUAAAAUCCCCAGAUACAAUAAAUGCGGCCUCAGGAUAUGUGGUUUCCAGUUUGCACAAAGUCCAAUGUAGUUCCUUGAGGGCCGUCGUGGUAUCGGCUUGAGGGGGAAUAUACACGGCUGUGACUAUAACCGAAGAGAAUUCUCUUGGGAGUUAAUACGGUCAGCAUUUGACUGUGAGGUAUUCUAGGUCGGUUGAACAAAAGGACUUGAGUUCCUGUACGUUAUCACAAUCACUCCAUGAGUAGUUAAUCAUGAAACAUACACCACCGCCUUUCUUCUUCCCUGAGAGUUCUUUAUUCAUGUCUGCGCAAUGUACUGAGAACCCAGCAGGCUGAAUGGAAGGGGACAGUAUAACCGGAGAGAGCCAUGAUUCCAUGAAACAGAGGAUGUUACAGUCCCUGAUGUCUCUCUGGAAGGAGAUCCUCACUCUGAGCUCGUCUACUUUAUUGUCCAGGGACUGAACAUUAGCGAGUAAUAUACUCGGAUGUCCACUCUGAAUAACUCUUCUCCGCCGGCGGCGGCUUGGAGCAGCCACUGGGAUAAGUUAAAUUGCCCUGGGGGGUACGAACAAAGGAUCCAAUUCGGGAAAGUCGUAUUUCUGGUCGAGUUACCAUCGCUCUGAUAUCCAAAAGUUAUUUCUGGCUGUAUGUAAGAACACAAAAAAAGUUCUAGGCUAAUUAUGUAAGAAAUAACACACAAAAAAACUAAAUACUGCAAAGUUGCUUAGGAGCUAAAAUCAGAGCUGCCAUGUCUGUCGGCGCCAUCUAUAUACCACGGCUAAGGGCUGUUCUUAUGCACGACGCAACGCGGAUACAGCCUUUAGCCGUGGUAUAUUGGCCAUAUACCACAAACCCCUGAGGUGCCUUGCCUUAUUGCUAUUAUAAACUGGUUAACAACGUAAUUAGAGCAGUAAAAAUAAAUGUUUUGUCAUACCUGUGGAAUACGGUCUGAUAUACCGUAGCUGUCAGCCAAUCAGCAUUCAGGGCUUGAACCACCCAGUUUAUAAUUAAAAAUAAUUUGUAGACUGCAAAUUGACUGCAAGAAGCCCAAACAGAUAUAAUGUUUGACUAAAACCUAAUAUACUCCCUAUAUGUAGCCAUGUUAUUCUUGCUCUUAUUUUUUUUAAUCUUAUCUUUAACUCUGCAUUGUUGGAAAAAUUAUCCGUAAGUAAGCAUUUCACUGUUAGUCUACACCUGUUGUCUACGAAGCAUGUGACAAAUGAAAUUUGAUUUGAUUUGACUGGCUGACUGACUGAUUGAGCAAUCCAUCCAUCUAUUUCAGGUUCUUUGCCCAGAUCCCGGUGGUGAAUGAUGACCUGCCUGGUCGAAUCAUCUCUGGUCGUGUUCUGGUCAAACCAGGGAGAUCAGAGGCUCCAGUGUGGUGUUUGAGGACGGGAGCGUUGUGGACAAUGUAAACACACACAAAAACACACAAAAACACACACACUCUCUCCUCCCUCCUCACCUCCCCUCCCCUCCCCUCUCCUCUCCUUCCUAGGUGGAUGUUGUGGUGUUUGCCACCGGCUACAAUUAUGACUUUCACUUCCGGCCUUCAUCUCUGCGGGCUAAGAGUGGUCACCGCCUGUCUCUGUACCGUCAUGUCUUCCCCCCGGGGCUCACCCGGCCCACUCUGGCUGUAGUGGGCUUCAUUCACGGCCUGGGAGCCAUCAACCCUCUGGCAGAGAUGCAGGCCCGCUGGGCCACCAGGGUCUUUAAAGGUAACAAAUAACUAACUCCCUCACUAACAGUGUUGGGGAAGCUACUCUAAAAAUAUAGUUUACCAAGCUACCAAUUACUUCACACUGGAAGAAGUUAAGCUACACUAAAGCUAUCCUUAAGAAAAAUAUAGCUAACUAAAGUUUCUUUAAAAAAGUAGUUCACUACAUCCAAACUACUUUGUGAAGAAUUAUAUCAUAUCUAAAUCUGAAAUUCGACAGACAAAAAAUUGCAAGAACAGAUCACUCUGGAGUCCGAUAUUAACAGAAUGUUAAUAACAAAAACUAUGUUUCAAGUGAGAACAAGGCAACAGUAAACAUGUCGUCCACCACGACGAGACACAUCAUUCAACGAAGUUUCGUCAAAACUGGGCCAGUGGUGUCUGUAUGGAAUUACAGUGCCUAUAAAUAGUCUACACACCAAUGACUGUAUAUACUGUAUGAAUGGACAAAGCCGUUGAUCACGUAACACCAUUCAUUCCUAUGUGAAGACUCAAUAGAGCAUUGAAGCCAAAUGAAGUUGGUUAAGAUGGCGUCUCACGGAGACAUAACAUGCGCAGUUUGAGCUACUCCAGGAAGUGACAUUGCAGGCUAGCUCAGUGCUGCCUCUCUCAUUGAGUAACUCCGGUUGAAGGCCGACCGGGGUACUGCAGGCUGCCAUUAACAACUAAAUUGUCCUUAUAACUUCUUCUGUGUGCGAUUUUAAAAUAAUCAGUUCAAGGACAUACAUCUGGUGUCCUAGAACCAAUUAUUGGUACCAUGAUUGUCUUUAAAAAAUAUAUAUUCACACAAAGAUUGACCACGAAGAUUGACAUUUUUCCAUACACUAUAAUGGGCAACCUGUUUUCUGCAAACAAUGCCUGCAGUACCGCAGUCAGAUUUGAACUUCUGUCGCUUCAACGAGAGGUGGCAGUCGUUUUUCCCUGCUAACACACCCUUUCAAAAUGUUCACCUUUUGUGAAUGGGCAAAGCUUAUAGAUCCUUAUGGAGAAACGUGUUUCUCAUGAGGAGAUGCAUAUACUGUAUGUACAAAAUGUCAUGACUGUAGCUCAAACGGGACAGGAGAUAUGCUUGUUCAAAGUUAGGUAUUUCAGUUGAUUACUAUAGCUCCACCCUUGGGCCAAUCAGUGUAAUUUAGUAAAUGCCGGAUCUCUAUGGCAAGACACAUCAUUCACCCAAAUCUCGUCAAAAUCGGGCCAGUGGUGUCUGAGAUAUCGCAUGUGACUAACGUACCAAGACAGAUCCAUAGUCCCUCCCCCCCUGAUUUCAUCGUGGGGGACAAUUAGGCAGGUGUUAUGCCGGGGGGGGAAACAGUUUUUGCCUUCUGCAACCAUAUUGUAUUUUCUCUUUGCAGAAAAAGUGCUAGUGUGCAGUGGCGAUUGUAGCAUGUAAAUCUUAGUGGGGCAAAAAAAAUAAUGGUUUAGAUGCAUGCCAGCAAAGCCACUACACAACACUAAACAAUACAUUAUUUGCACUAUAACGGUGACAAACGGUGCCCACAAACUGUUAUGGCCUACAUAAAGCUGUCCCAACAGUGAAUCCUUACCACUGCUACACCUGGCUAUCAGCGGAGCCUUGUCUGGCAGCGAAACAGUUCAUUCAGCUUCAUUUACUGCCUUUUAAAAAAACAUAGCUGAUAUGGCUGACUUGCUUAAACAAAUGUGGUUUCUACUGACAAUUGAGAUGUACAAACUAUGGCAUAAGGGGACGACAAGCGGAUAAGAGGCAAUCCGUAAUUUCGAUUAAGACAUUGAGUGAGCUAGGACGGACAUAGUCAAUAUAACUAUUUGUUCAGCACUUUUGAAAUGUACAGCGACAGAAUUCAGAACAUGGGCCAUUCUUACAGUAUUCUCCCUGUAAACCAAGUCAGAACCGUAGGAUAAAUAAAGGGUGCAUACAAGCAGACAAUGAAAGCUCUUACAAUAUUCAAUGAAGUUAUGAGGUGGAAAGGGACCAAAUUAUUAGGUUGAGGCACAUGGGCUACUAACAGCUUACUACACAACAUACAGUGCCUUGCAAAAGUAUUCAUCCCCCUUGGCAUGUUUCCUAUUUUAUUGCAUUACAACCUGUAAUUUAAAUGGAAUUUUAUUUGGAUUUCAUGUAAUGGACAUACACAAAAUAGUCCAAAUAUGUGAAGUGAAAUGAAAAAAAUUACUUGUUUCAAAAAAUUCUACAAAAUAAAUUACGGAAAAGUGGUGCUUGCAUAUGUAUUCACCCCCUUUGCUAUGAAGCCCCUAAAUAAGAUCUGGUGCAACCAAUUACCUUCAGAAGUCACAUAAUGAGUUAAAUAAAGUCCACCUGUGUGCAAUCUAAGUGUCACAUGAUCUCAGUAUAUAUACACCUGUUCUGACAGGCCCCAGAGUCUGCAACACCACUAAGCAAGGGGCACCACCAAGCAUGCGGCACCAUGAAGUCCAAGGAGCUCUCCAAACAGGUCAGGGACAAAGUUGUGGAGAAGUACAGAUUAGGGUUGGGUUAUAAAAAAAUAUCUGAAACUUUGAACAUCCCACGGAUCACCAUUAAAUCCAUUAUUAAAAAAUUGAAAGAAUAUGGCACCACCACAAACAUGCCAAGAGAGGGCCGCCCACCAAAACUCACUGACCAGGCAAGGAGGGCAUUAAUCAGAGAGGCAACAAAGAGACCAAAGAUAACCCUGAAGAAGCUGCAAAGCUCCACAGCGGUGAUUGGAGUAUCUGUCCAUAGGACCACUUUAAGCCAUACACUCCACAGAGCUGGGCUUUACAGAAGAGUGGCCAGAAAAAAGCCAUUACUUAAAGAAAGAAAUAAGCAAACACGUUUGGUGUUCGCCAAAAGGCAUGUGGGAGACUCCCCAAACAUAUGAAAGAAGGUACUCUGGUCAGAUGAGACUAAAAUUGAGCUUUUUGGCCAUCAAGGAAAACGCUAUGUCUGGCGCAAACCCAACACCUCUCAUCACCCCGAGAACACGGGGCGGCAGGUAGCUUAGUGGUUAAGAGCGUUUUUGCCAGUAACCGAAAGGUCGCUGGUUCUAAUCCCAGAGCCGACUAGGUGAAAAAUCUGUCGAUGUGCCCUUGAGCAAGGCACUUAACCCUAAUUUCUCCUGUAAGUCGCUCUGGAUAAGAGUGUCUGCUAAAUGACAAAAAAAAUAAAAAAUACAUUUAUUAAAAGAAAUUACCACAAAACAAUACACCAUCACCAGUUAAGCAUGGUGGUGGCAGCAUCAUGCUGUGGGGAUGUUUUUCAUCGGCAGGGACUGGGAACUGGUCAGAAUUGAAGGAAUGAUGGAUGCCGCUAAAUACAGGGAAAUUCUUGAGGGAAACCUGUUUCAGUCUUCCAGAGAUUUGAGACUGGGACGGAGGUAUACCUUCCAGCAGGACAAUGACCCUAAGCAUACUGCUAAAGCAACACUUGAGUGGUUUAAGGGGAAACAUUUAAAUGUCUUGGAAUGGCCUAGUCAAAGCCCAGACCUCAAUCCAAUUGAGAAUCUGUGCUAUGACUUAAAGAUUGCUGUACACCAGCGGAACCCAUCCAACUUGAAGGAGCUGGACCAGUUUUGCCUUGAAGAAUGGGAAAAAAUCCCAGUGGCUAGAUGUGCCAAGCUUAUAGAGACAUACCCCAAGAGACUUGCAGCUGUAAUUGCUGCAAAAGGUGGCUCUACAAAGUAUUGACUUUGGGGGGGGUGAAUAGUUAUGCACGCUCAAGUUCUCUGUUUUUUUGUCUUAUUUCUUGUUUGUUUCACAAUAACAAAUAUUUUGCAUCUUCAAAGUGGUAGGCAUGUUGUGUAAAUCAAAUGAUACAAACCCCCCAAAAUCAAUUUUAAUUACAGGUUGUAAGGCAACAAAAUAAGAAAAAUGCCAAGGGGGGUGAAUACUUUCGUAAGCCACUAUACACUUAGUAUUAAUUUCUUAGCUACAGUAUACAUAUCUCCCUGGCAUAUUACAUAAUUUAUGCAGCAGCAGCAUACAAUACAUUUUUGGACUCACCUUGUUGUGCUGUUCUCACUUGAACAGGAAGGUGGCGCGGUGGUCCUAGUGGGUAAAUGUUGUCAUCAAAGUCUAGCAUUCUCUGGAUUUUUGGCGCUUUCAAGACAACAGGGAACUCAGAAGAAAACAACGUUGAAUCAUGACGUCAGUGAUCUUUAGGUCGGAGCUCUAGAAAGAGGCCCAAGUUCCCGACUUGGAAUUCCGAGUUGGAUGACCGUUCAAAACUUAUUUUUCCAGUCAGAGCUUGUUUUUUUCCGAGGUCCCAGUUGUAUUGAACUCACUGAUGUCUGAGAUUUCCCAGUUCCGAGUUUCCAGUUGUUUUGAACGCGGCAGAAGUCAUGCUGGAUUGACAGCAUGGCCAAUGUAUUCAACCUUUUCUGGCCCAUGGCAUGUGAAUGUUUAUCCUUUUAAACUUGGAAAAGAUACCCUUAAACCCAGACUUGGACCACACACCCACUCCACUGAAUAGCAGGCUAGUGAUUGCUUUGCAACACUUGCAGUUAGUCACUGAUUCCUUCCAAAAACCACUCAUUGUUGAAUUUGCGAUUUCCAACUUGUUGUGUAAUGUUUAUGUCCAAUGGCCAAUGAUCACUGAUACGUUUUAUCUAUAAUUUCUCUUCAUAUGACAAGGACUGAAAAGGAUUUGCCAGUAGAUUGUCGACGUGAUUCAUGAUGAUGACUGUUUGCUAGCUAAGAUUUUGAAAGUAUGAUGUUGACAUGAUCAGUCCAAUCAAAGCUAUGGUAGAUAUAAUGUGAUUUGACGUCAUUUUAUCUGUGGCCAAUGACCUUGAGCCUUCUUAGAUGGGCACUUCUAAUGUAACUCUAUGGCAGCACCCAAGGGGCUUGAAUUUUCAAGCUCUCCCCGUAGAAUUUGCUGUGACGUAGUGUCCCCAUGAGUGACAGAACACUGAGCCAAUCACGGCGCAACUAGAGAACAUUACCAACCCCUAUGCUCCGUAUUUUCCGCUGGCUGCCCCAACACCACAGAAAGCACUGAGCUAGGAAGAAUCCCCUUUUUUGGAGCUGCCUUACUCAAGAAAGCAAAAAAGAGACCAUGCUGCAGGACAUAGAGAAAGACACCAGUACCAUGCAACACAGGUGGGACAACAGCCAUGUGAUAUUACACUAACACAAAUAGUUCACUAAUAGGUAACAAACUAUUUCAUAAUGAUUUAUAAGCACUAUACAAGCACCUGUGUGUGUCUCCCCUCCCUCUCCCUCCAGGUUUGCCUGUUCGGAGCGUAAUCCUCUCCAGAUGGAUUAUAUGCCAUACAUGGACUCAUCCCAACCUCCUAGGGCUGCUGCUGAGGGAGCUUGGUGUGGGGCUUCGUGUGCUUCUGGGGCCCUGCACCCCGUACCAGUACCGUCUGAGAGGGCCAGGACAGUGGGAUGGGGCCCGACAGGCCAUCCUCACUCAGUGGGAGCGGGUGGCCCAGCCCUUUAGGACCAGGUAGGUAGCCUAGAAGUCAGUCAUACCAAUAUCCCCUUCGGGAUCAAUAGAAUAUCACCUUCUAUUCUAUUCCAGGCUGGUAACAGUGCCCCCCAGGCCCUGGGCCCGCCUGUCUCCCUGGCUGAUCACCUUGUCUGGGGGAGCUGUGAUGCUAGCUGUCGUCAUCUCCCAGUGUAAUCUGACCUCAGCUCUACAGUACCCAGCUCACCUGCUGGACUGAUUCUCAGCACUACUGGGGGGCAAGGAGUAGAAGCAGUCUUUAUAGGAACAUAUCUAGGAUCAACACUAAUACUCUAUUUCCUCCACUGUGGAUCAGGCUCUAUCUGACCUAACAGACUGCUUUCAUUGUCUUACAAAAAACACUAAUUAGAUCUGCUUCCAAACCAACAUUGAAAUGGUUGUCUGCGUACAGUAUUUUGAUACGGUAUAUACUUUUUACAUUUAAGUCAUUUAGCAGACGCUCUUAUCCAGAGCGACUUACAGUUAGUGAAUACAUAUAUAUAUAUAUAUAUAUAUAUACUUUUUUUUUAUACUGGCCCCCCGUGGGAAACGAACCCACAACCCUGGCGUUGCAAACGCCAUGCUCUAUCAACUGAGCUACAUCCCUGCCGGCCAUUCCCUCCCCUACCCUGGGCCAAUUGUGCGCCGCCCAUGAGUCUCCCGGUCGCGGCCGGCUGCGACAGAGCCUGGAUUCGAACCAGGAUCUCUAGUGGCACAGUUAGCACUGCGAUGCAGUGCCUUAGACCACUGCGCCACUCAGGAGUAGUUUUUGAUCUAUAACCAUUUAAAAUGUGCAUAAUUUACAUUGGAGUAAAUGAAUAAGGCUACAUGCACACAAUAAUGCGAUUAUUGUGGAUAGUCAGAUUUAAUAUAAUAGUUUGAUUAAAACAUUUCAUGCUUUGCAAGAAAAAUGAUUUCCCUAAUCAUUCUGUUUACAUGGACACAUCUGAAAUCAGGCUACCUGAUGGCACUCUGAUAAAUGCAGAAAAUCGCCAAUCAAAAUAAAUGUUCUACAGCGACAAUGUUAUUUUUGGGAAGCAUAUUUGAUUCUGAGUUCGGACAUAUAAAGUUUGUAUGUGAAAACUACUUCUAAGAUGCAUACAUUCAGUUGUUCCGAACUCACUUCACUCGCACUAAAGAGGGAGGUGUGGGCUACCGAUGCGGGCACAUGUGCAGAUCAAACACACCGCUGGAACGCCGAUUAAGGUGUUUACAUGUCCUAAUAUUUCUAAAGAUUUCUCAGAAAACCAGGGGGUUUAAUCGGUGUAUGCUUAACUAUCCUAGAAGCUAUACUAUGAAACAAAAAUAAAUUAUAUAAAGAUAGUAAAAAGCUUUGGAGCUCUUUAAAUGAAAUGUUUGGCAAAAAUGCAAAAUCGUCUCCAUCAUUCAUUGAAUCAGAUGGCUCUUUCAUCACAAAACCCACUGAUAUUGCCAACUACUUUAAUGAUUUUUUCAUUGGCAAGAUUAGCAAAGUUAGGCAUGACAUGCCAUGCCAGGAACAAAAGCUGACAGUACACAUCCAAGUAUAUCUGACCAAAUUAUGAAAGACAAGCAUUGUAUUUUUGAAUUCUGUAAAGUGAGUGUGGAAGAGAUGAAAAAAAGUGUUGUUGUCUAUCAACGUGGGUCUGACAACCUGGAUGGAAAAUUACAGAGGAUAAUAGUGGACGAUAUUGCCACUCCUAUUUGCCAUAUCUUCAAUUUAAUCCUACUAGAAUGUGUGUGCCCUCAGGCCUGGAGGGAAGCAAAAAUAAUUCCGCUACCCAAGAAUAGUAAAGCCCCCUUUACUGGCUCAAAUAGCCGACCAAUCAGCCUGUUACCAACCCUUAGUGAACUUUUGGAAAAAAUGGUGUUUGACCAGAUACAAUGCUAUUUUACAGUAAACAAAUUGACAACAGACUUUCAGCACGCUUAUAUGGAAGGACAUUCAACACGCACAGCACUUACACAAAUGACUGAUGAUUGGCUGAGAGAAAUUGAUGAUACAAAGAUUGUGGGGACUGUUUUGUUAGACUUCAGUGCGGCUUUUGACAUUAUCGAUCAUAGUCUGCUGCUGGAAAAACGAAUGUGUUAUGGCUUUACACCCCCUGCUAUAUUGUGGAUAAAGAGUUACCUGUCUAACAGAACACAUAGGGAGUUCUUUAAUGGAAGCCUCUCCAACAUAAUCCAGGUAGAAUCAGGAAUUCCCCAGGGCAGUUCUUUAGGCCCCUUACUUUUUUCAAUCUUUACUAACGACAUGCCACUGGAUUUGAGUAAAGCCAGUGUGUCUAUGUAUGCGGAUGACUCAACAAUAUACACGUCAGCUACUACAGCGACAGAAAUCGAAAGUAACAGUCAGUAUCUGGUGUGGCCACCAGCUGCAUUAAGUACUGCAGUGCAUCUCUUCCUCAUGGACUGCACGAGAUCUGCCAGUUCUUGCUGUGAGAUGUUACCCCACUCUUCCACCAAGGCACCUGCAAGUUCCCGGACAUUUCUGGGGGGAAUGGCCCUAGCCCUCAUCCUCUGAUCCAACAGGUCCCAGACGUGCUCAAUGGGAUUGAGAUCCGGGCUCUUCACUGGCCAUGGUAGAACACUGACAUUCCUGUCUUGCAGGAAAUCACGCACAGAACGAGCAGUAUGGCUGGUGGCAUUGUCAUGCUGGAGGGUCAUGUCAGGAUGAGCCUGCAGGAAGGGUACCACAUGAGGGAGGAGGAUGUCUUCCCUGUAACGCACAGCAUUGAGAUUGCCUGCUAUGACAACAAGCUCAGUCCGAUGAUGCUGUGACACACCGCCCAGACCAUGACGGACCCUCAACCUCCAAAUCGAUGUUCGAUCUAUAGUUACCACACUGUUGUGCCUAGUGCAGCUAACAUAAUAUAAUGAGUAUAAAUAGGUGAGACAGUCCCAUGUUUCAGUUGACCUAAUCUGCUCACAGAGAGUGGGUAAUAAAACUGGAGGAAUCACUGGGAUCGUAUUUAUUAUGUAAGCACGAGGGAGCAGUCAGUUAUCAGAUGAUCAUAUGGCUAUUGAUGAUCAUAUUAUGACAGCGCUAUGACUAAAGCCUGUGUGCCUCCUUCCAGGAAGUUUCUGAGCCCAACAGAGCCAGUAUCUACCGUUCCUUCACCAUCAAUAUCUCCAAGGAGAUGAUGUGUUUCAGCGACUUCCCCAUCCCAGCUGACUACCCCAACUACAUGCACCACUCCUGUAUCCUGCAGUACUUUAGGCUCUAUGAUGAAAACCUCAAACUGCUCCAGCACAUCCACUUCCAGGUAACAGCAGGGUGACUUUACAGACAAAAUUAUGGGGAAUAAUGGGUUGGUUGGUGGGUUCAAGGUUGGUUGAUUUUGUGUGUGUGUGUGUGUGCAUGCAUGCAUGCUCGCGUGUGUGUUUCAGACCAGCGUGUGGAGUGUGAGACAGAGGCCAGACUUCAGUCGUUCAGGCCAGUGGGAGGUGGUGACAGAGAACAGGGAGAGACAAGAGGAGAGACACAUGUUUGACUCUGUCAUCGUCUGCUCUGGUCACUACUCCUCCCACACCUACCACUGAGACUUCCCAGGUCAGCAGUAUGAAUCACUCAACCAAUCAGCAAAUAUAAAUCUAAUUUUUGUAACAAAGUGCUUUACAAUAACCUGGCCUAGACCCCUAGCGCAAGCAGUUAGCACUAUGGCAAGAAAAAACUAAUUGAACCAUUCUCAGAGCUGAGACAAUUAUCUUCUGACUGUACCAAUAUAAUAAUAGAUUGGGAUGCUCUACUGUGUGUGUUUCAGGUAAUGAGUUGUUUGAGGGGAAGUACUUUCACAGGACUAUAAGGGUCCAGAGGACCUCCAUGGGAAGAGGGUGGUGGUGAUCGGCAUCAGCAACUCUGGAGGAGACAUCGCUGUGGAGUCCAGCCGGGUGGCCGAGCAGGUAACUAACAACUGAUAGAGGGUCAGAUUCUGAGCAGGUAACCACUGAUACAGGGUCAAAUUCAGAUUGUCCCAUUGCCAACUGGCUCAGCUGGUUCGGAGAGAAGAAACUCAACGCCAUAUAUGACAACACCAUAUGCACACACACAUGGUGGACUUACCUGUGUUUGGGUUUGAGGGCGUACAUUGUGUGUGUGUGUAAUACAUGUAUACAUCCUCUCCUCUCUUCUAGGUUGUUCAGUCAGAUUCCAGUGAUCAACGAUGAGCUUCCCAAUAAGAUCUUGACCGGUGGAUUCGUGGUCAAACCCAUUGUCCAACAGAUCAGAGGCUCCAGUGUGUUGUUUGAGGACUGGAGUAAGGUGGACACACACACACACACAUCAACAAAUAUACAUACGCAUAAGCACAUACACACACACAGAAACACACAUGCUCACAUACACACACCGUAUCACCCUAUCAUACUCUUAAACGGUCAGUGCCGUUUAAGAUUAGGGAAGACGAUUUAAUUUUUUUUAUGAGCAUGGCCUUAUUUCUGUUACAGCCUAUUGGAUGACUGUCAUUCAUAUUCUAUUCACUCAGCUUAAUGUAACGUUGAUAGGUUUAGGCUACUACAUGAUACUCAAAUUUGCCCUAUACCCAUCAUGAGGUUGUUACAACCUAGCCUACAAAUGAAAGUUUAUAACGUAGGUGCACUGGUCGAGAGACAAAUUGGAGUACCGGUAAUCAAGUUGACAGACAGUGAAACAUUCAAUACCGCCUUGCACACACUUGCCUGAAUCUAGCUGAUCUAGGGUUUAAUCAUUAGUCCAAACAGUUGCAAAACAUUAUGUAAUGUUUUGCAACUAAAACAAGUUUCUAUCGGACAAAUUCAGUUAGGUCCAUUCUCAUUUUCUAUCCAUUUGCUUCCGUUUAAUAAACUUUUUGCAACAGAAUUGGUGGAAUGAAUACACCCCUGAUCACCCGCACACACAGUUCACUUUCAUAGCAGCCAUACAAACAGCAUCUAUGCGCUAUCCUCCUCUCACAUUUUCCCUUCACUUGUGGACUUCAGUGCACAACACAACAGCUGUCUGUGACCAGGCAAAAAAGAAUAACGUCAUACCAUAACCGCUACACACAGCCUACAUCGUUGUCACCAUAUUAGCUAACGUUGUAGUCAACAUAGCGACUAUAGUAACGCUUUAGUAAACCCACAAUCCAAUCCAUGUGAACAGCAGUUACACCGGCGGGUCCCAGUGGCAAUAAAUUAAUAAAACCAAAAGCAAAGACUGUUGGAUAGCCUUAGCCAGCGAGCUAACAUAAAUAUAAUUCCUAUCCGUUUGAGUCAGGUUGUUGAAUAGGCUAAAUUAGCUGCAUUAGCUAGCGUAAGUGAACGUUUAAACAAUACUACAAAAUGUCUCUCUCUCUGUUUCUUCACCUUUAUUUUUGAAGAAAUGUGUUCAAAACUGUUCAACUAUUGUCUUUCUCUCUCAUUGAGUCACCUACUCAACACAUUUUAUGUACUGCAGUGCUAGCUAGCUGUAGCUUAUGCUUUCAGUACUAGAUUAAUUCUCUGAUCCUUUGAUUGGAUUCACAACAUGUCAGUUCAUGCUGAAAGAGCUCUGAUAGGUUGGAGGACAUCCACCGGAAGUCAUCAUAAUUACUGUGUAAGUCUAUGGAAGGGGGUGAGAACAAUGAGCCUUCUAGGUUUUGUACCCAGAGGAGGAUGGAAAAUAAAUGUCCUCCGGCUACACCCUGGUGCUACCGUACAGUGCUGUUGAGGCUACUAUACAUUUACAUUACAUUUACGUCAUUUAGCAGACGCUCUUAUCCAGAGCGACUUACAGUUUAGUGCAUACAUUAUUAUUUUUCAUACCCCCUGUGGGAAUCGAACCCACAACCCUGGCGUUGCAAACGCCAUGCUCUACCAACUGAGCUACAUCCCUGCCAGCCAUUCCCUCCCCUACCCUGGACGACGCUGGGCCAAUUGCGCGCCGCCCCAUGGGUCUCCCGGUCGCGGCCGGCUACGACAGAGCCUGGAUUCGAACCAGGAUCUCUAGUGGCACAGUUAGCACUGCGAUGCAGUGCCUUAGACCACUGCGCCACUCGGGAGAUAGACCUUCAUUGCAAAACAGUGUGUUUUAAUCAGUUAUUUGGUGACGUGAAUAUAUUUAGUAUAGUUUUAUUUAAAAAUGAACACUGAGUAGGAUGGUCCUCCCCUUCCUCCUCUGGCAUAUGGUUUACAUCGAUUCAUGCUCAUCAAACCAUUCAGUGACCAUUCGUGCCCUGUGGAUGGGGGCAUUGUCAUCCUAUGGGGCAUAGCCAUGGUAGGCAAAAUAAUGGCCAAAAUAAUUGACCCUAAGCAUGAUGGGAUGUUAAUUGCCUAAUUAACUCAGGAACCACACCUGUUUACAAUAUACUUUGUAUCCCUCAUUUACUCAAGUGUUUCCAUUAUUUUGGCAGUUACCUGUAUAUUUGUAUUUAAGAUAUAAUCAAACUAAACAAAUAGAAGUUUAUAUUGAUAUUGAAGAGAUACUUAUACUAUGCUGUUUGUGUUCAUGCCUGACCCUGAACACCACCCUCUUCUCACCCUAACCCUCCUCCUCCCUCACUUCCCUCCUCUCCUCCCAUCCCCCCUUCUCUCUUACGCCCCUCAUCUCCAACCUCAGCCCCGGACAGCCUGAACAACAUCCUCCUCUCACCCUAACCCCCCAGAGAGCUUUAAUUCGACACUCCUCUCACCCAAACCCUUCAACGUCUACCCACAGCCACACCCCUCCUCCACCCCCUCCUCGCCUCUCUUAACAACACCCAGAAAACCUGAAUACGACCUGAACACCACCCCCUCCCCACUUCCUCUUCUGUACUACAUGAUCUACAAACAUCAUUCUCAGAUCCAUUCCUUUGCUGUGAAGUUUAUUACUGGUAAAGAGUUAAGACCAUCAAAGAAUAUACUGUAACUGGACUGUGUGUAUGAUAACCGUAUGUGAAAGGCAAACUGGGUAGAAGGCAAACCUUUAAUGCGGCUAUACCUCACCUCACACCAUAAAGAUCUUCACAAAGUUUCUGUGUGAAAAUAAACAUUUAUAAAUACAUUAUAAUUCCCUGCUGCCAGUAUUCUGGUCUGCACUUUAUCUUACAUGUCCACCCCUUCUAGAGGAUUCUGUCAAAACAAGUUGAAGGUAACAUGGUGGAUGGUGAGAUGAGUUCAUCCUCAUGUUUAUGAGUUUCAGCUUCUUCCCUUAGGUAGAUGAAAUUGAGUUCUGUAGGCUAGUAACAACCCUCAGGGUUAUUUAAGUAUGUCAAAAAAGGGUUAACCUAUAGCAGUGGUUCUCAAACCACUCCUCGGGGACCCCCAGCUGUUCUAUGUAUUUGAUCUAUUCCAGAGCAAGCACACCCGAUUCAACUUGUCAACUAAUCAUCAAGCCCUUGACUAGUUGAAUUAGGUGAGCUAGUUCAGAGCUACAACAAAAUUGCGAAACGUCUGAGGGUCCCCGAGAACCACUGACCUAUAGGACACUUCCCUACUCUGCUUUUAGUUCACUUCCUGAUUUGUGAACUUUCUUUACUCUGCUAAUAUACUGGUCAGAGUCUAUGUGUGCAGGGCAGGCCUCUUAGGGAAAAGUUCAAAUCCUCAAGGAAUUAGAAAGUUUGACCUGAAAGAUUACAGAUUCAGUUAUUCCAAGAAUGCAUACUGAAAUCUAACAUGGGAAAAAAUGGGGGGAGCACCACAAGCACACUGUGGAGCAGCUCUAGAGAACCCAAGGGGGCUUACAGCCGGCCCCCCUUUUGGGUUCUCAGCUGAAGGUAUGGACCAGCUGGCUCCAUGUGAACUUCAAUCCUGACGCUGUUUUUUAAUGUUUAGAAACGUCAAUAAUCUGCUUGCAAUACAGUUUUGGAAACCUUCGGAUCUUAACUUUCAUACCAGCGAGAAAUAAUCUUUCUCAUUCAUAUGAAAAGUUAAAUUGCAAAUGCGAGUGUCUUGUGCAAGGCAUAUUUUCGUCGGGGCAUUUCACUCACAAGGCUGAAUGGGGCGUCGAAUGACCCAAUGUAAUGCAAUGGAAUUGGAGUCAUGAUAAGGGCUAUCUGUGGGUUACCAAACUAUGACCUGAAUCUGACAGAGUUCCAGUUAACAGGGAGCAAAGUCCUUCCCACUGACUGCAUUACAGACUGGGGUUACACAAAAACCUGGGUUUUGGGAGUUUAGAAGUUUUCCACACCAGCGAGCACAGGCAACAAACAGGUAAUAAACAGGUAGUAUAUACAGGCAAGACACAGGUUUCUCGAUCUACUCACUGAACCAGGUGAGUACAGUCUAUGGGUGACAGCCAACUGAUUCAGAUUAGUUUGCAUUGUUAUUCAGGUUUAUGAAAUUAUCUACAUUUUCUCAGGUGUGAUUCUGUUGGUAGAGUGAGUUGGACAGUUGUUGGUUUAAGCUGCCAGUACAGACAGAGGAACGAUAACAGGGAUCUGUGGGGUGAUGCAAUGGUUUCUCUGUAGGCUCAGUGGAAACUGAACUAGAGUAUCUGUCACAUCUGCCUUCUAUAGUGUUGUCCUAUGUCUCCCACCCUCUGCAGACAGACAGAUGGACAGUAUGUCUCAGCAUGUGUGUGUGAUUGGGGCGGGUCCCUCAGGUCUGACCAGCAUCAAGAGCAGUCUGGAUGAGGGUCUGAAGCCCACCUGCUUCGGAGCAGUUGUGACAUCAGGGGGCUGUGGAACAGACUAUCCGCUCCCACAAAAAUCAGCCCGCGGCUGAAUCUAGUUGGCUACCCCUGGUCUAGAUGAUCCUCUCCGCCAAUCAGGGCUGUGCAUGUACAUAUAUUACAAUUUGUAUCAACAUGCCCACAGACUGAGCAUUUCAAUGGCAAAAGGAGGCUUAGGGAAAUAAAUGUUUGUUUUCAUGAAAUAAACCACAGUGAUGUAUUAGACAUACAGUGAUGAUUUAAAAAUACAAUUAAAAAGACUGCAUGGGGGCUUUAACAUGGUAAACAUUUGUACUGUUUAAGCUUUAAAUGCCAAACCAACUUUAAAAUGUGCAGACUGACUCAACAUACAGUGCAUUCGGAAAGUAUUCAGACCCCUUCACUUUUUCCACAUUUUGUUACGUUACAGCCUUAUUCUAAAAUUGAUUAAAUUGUUUGAUUUAUUUUUGCAAAUGUAUUAAAAGUAAAACACUGAAAUAUCACAUUUUAAGUAUUCAGACCCUUUACUCAGUACUUUGUUGAAGCACCUUUGGUAGCGAUUACAGCCUCGAGUCUUCUUGGCACACCUGUAUUUGGGGAGUUUCUCCCAUUCUUCUCUGCAGAUCCUCUCAAGCUCUGUCAGGUUGGAUGGGGAGCAUCGCUGCACAGCUAUUUUCAGGUCUCUCCAGAAAUGAAGCCAAGGAUCUCUCUGUACUUUGCUCUGUUCAUCUUUCCCUCGAUCUUGACUAGUCUCCCAGUUCCUGCCGCUGAAAAACAUCCCCACAGCAUGAUGCUGCCACCACCAUGCUUCACCAUAGGGAUGGUAUUGGCCAGGUGAUGAGCGGUGCCUGGUUUCCUCCAGACGUGACUCUUGGCAUUCAGGCCAAAGAGUUCAAUCUUGGUUUUAUCGGACCAGAUAAUCUUGUUUCUCAUGGUCUGAGAGUCCUUAGCAAAGGGUCUGAAUAAUUUUUUUUUUUUUUUUUUAUCUAAAGGGGAAUGGAUCAGCUUAAUAUUGCAGAUAGAUUGUAUCUUCUAUCAAUGUAAUUGUCUGCAUCACUUCCAAUCCCCCAUGUUUAUUUUUAUUUUUUAUAUAUAUAUUCCCCUUUAUUACUUUUCAACCCCACCAUCCUUUCCCUACUUGGAGUAAAUUAGUGAACAACAACGCCCAGGCCUCUACUUCCGGUCUAUACUUACUAUCUACACCUUAUGGACAGAGUUAAUUUUACAGUCUGAAUACUUACGUAAAUACGGUAUUUCUGUUCUAAAAACCUGUUUUCGCUUUGUCAUUAUGGGGUAUUGUGUGUAGAUUGAUGAGGAAACAUUUUUAUUUUAUCCAUUUUAGAAUAAGGCUGUAACGCAACAAAAUGUGGAAAAACUCAAAGGGUCUGAAUACUUUCCGAAUGCAUUGUACAUUGCUUGUCAAAAGCUUUUGAUACUAUUGAAGGCUUUGGGGGUAGAAUUCGGUUUAAAAGGCGACAAUUCAGAUGACAGUCAUCAAGUUCCUGAAAAUGUAUUUCAUGUCCCAACAGGCGCCCGAUGCAAUUUGUUAAGAUGGCUAAGCCAAAUGGCUCAAAGACCAGGGUUUAUAUAGUCUUUUUGAAUGAUGUAUACAUGUAAUAUUACAGACAUUGGGUCAUAUGAGACUGAUAACAGUUUCAAAGGGAAUAUUCACAGAAUGACAUUGAAUAUAAUGAGGUGGUGCCUGGAAGAGGCUCCAUAAGCAACCACCCAAAGUUAUAAUUUUAAAAACAAGUGAGUGCAUUGCCUGGCGAGUGUCCAGCAGAGAUAGGCCGCACUAACAAUCCAUUUUAUUAUCUGAGUGGGAAAAUACAGCUUCAUACUCAUUAGAAAGUUACAGCUUGUACAGAAUGGAAAAUUACAGGUUAUACUGAACAUGUCCUGAUAUGACCUUUAAAGUAAAGAUCAAUCAAGUGUGUCCUCAGCCAACCCUUCACUAUCUAUACAUUUUGAACUAUAACCAUUUUACAUUUGCAUAAUAGCUCCAUAGACCUCAAAGGCAACAUUUGGAUUUGCCACUUCUCUUGAUCCGUUUCAGCCUACUUCAAGAAUACAAAGCAAAGGCACACACAUUUACUUCAGGAAAUGACCUUUUCUAGUUUAUAAUUGUGUUUUGUAUUUCAAAAAAAAAUGUGUGUUUCUGCCUUGAUUGUAAUAUUUGUGUCUAACAUGUUUGUGUAAUUGCUGCUGAUCUUGUCAUGCAGGGCUCUCUUGAAAAAUAGACCUUGGUCUUAAUGGGACUCCCUGCUUAAAUACAUGUUAAAUAGAAAAUAAAUCAAAUUAAACCAUCCUUCAUAACUGCCCACAUGAAAAAAUACUAAAGUUUACUAUAGAAUAUUACAGUACUUACUAUAGAAUUAUGUUGUAAACUGUAGAAUACUAUAGUAAAUACUACAGUAUUAUCCACACAAAAACACUACAGUCAAUAUUAUAGUAUUCAUACCAUAGUAUACACUAUAGUAUUUGUUUAUGUAGCCUCUAUCCUCUAGUUUGUACUCUUGUAGGCUAUAUCCAGCCUCUUUCUGUACCUGUUCAACAUCAAACCAAAGCAUGUCCUACUGAAGAAGGCAUUACUGUAG